GCAUGACUCUACAGGACCAGACUCAGUAUGAAGCAAUCAUCUUUGGUUUCGGGGUGCUGUUUAUAUGGGAUCCGCCAAAGGAUGCAGUAAUAUCUCCCGGUCUUCUGAAGAGUAUACUCUCCUCGCCCCUCUGGCAUGACUAUGAGCAAGGGAAAUUGGCCGAAGAUGAUUGCUACGACUUGCUGGCCACACAAUUCCAUAUGCAGACAUCAGAUAUUGCGUGCACUUUCAGCCAGGGUCGGCAAAGCCUUGUCAUCAAUCCCGCAGUCAUGAGCCUUCUGUUGGAAAUCAGGGCUGCCGUUCCCAAUAUCGCAGUGUACACCAUGUCCAACAUUCCCAAGCCACACUAUACAGUUCUCCUGCGUACUCAUCCCGAGAUGUCUAUCUUUGAUCAAAUUCUCCCAUCUGGAUUGCACGGAGCACGGAAACCGCAACUGCAAUUCGAUCAGAACGUCCUCGGUGAGAUCGGAAUGUCAGCAGAGCAAAUCAUCUAUAUCGACGAUCAGCUGGAGAAUGUCACCUCUGCACAGUCGAUCGGUAUGCAUGGUAUACUCUACACGCAACCGUCACUUCUCAGCCAACAUGUCAAAAGCUUGAUGCUCGACCCGGUACAGCGAGGAAUGGAUUAUCUCCGUCGUCAUGCAAAAAAGCUACAUAGCACCACGGACACCGGCCAACCCAUCUGGGAGAAUUUCUCGCAGCUUCUGAUUCUCGAGGCCACCGGAGAUGAAACAUUGGUAUCCCUCGAACAUCACGAAUCAACCUGGAACUUCUUUCAAGGCACCCCAUGCUUCACAACCUCCACCUUCCCCGACGACCUCGACACCACCUCCCUCGCCUGGCUUACCCUCCCGGCCCCAAAAACCAUCAUCGAUCCCCUCCUCGACCGAAUGACCACCCUCGUCAACUCAGACGGCAUCUUCACAACCUACUUCACCCCCUCCCGUCCCCGAACCGACCCCAUCGUCUGCACCAACAUCCUCCGCCUCUUCCACAAAUACCACCGCGGAACCGAUCCCGCCCUCCAACCCACCCUAACCUACAUCCACAACACCCUAACCCAUAGAACAUACCUCCUCGGAACAAGAUACUACACCUCCCCGGAAAGCUUCUUAUACCCUCUUAGCCAACUCUGCCAACACCCCAAUCCUACCCUUCAACCCAUACGAGAAACGCUGAUCGAGCGUCUACGAGAAAGAAUAAAUGUCAAAACAGAUGCACUAUCACUAGCGAUGCGGAUUCUAGCGUGUCUAGAUAUGGGAUUUAGUCGAAAUGAGGUAGCGAGGGAAGUAGAGGUGUUGGUGGGAAUGCAAUGCGAGGAUGGAUCUUGGCCGGGGGGGUGUUUUUGUCGGUAUGGGGGGUCGCAAGUCGGGGUUUGGAAUCGGGGGGUGAGUACGGGGGUUGUGGGUAGGGCUGUGCGGAGGUAUCAGAGGUGGGGGGUGGAUACUUAG